CCGGGGAACCACCAAACCGGGCAAAACACCACAAGGUAAAACGUCCGUUUAUGCGAGCACUAUCCGGUAGCACUGGCCCGUUCGCUAUCGAGGUUUCACACCCCCUGACCCAGAUCGGGCAUGCGCAUUGAGACAAAUCCAUUGAGAGAGAACAACAUUCACCCCCACGCGCAACGGUCAACCUACUGGAUAGGAUUCGUACUCCGUACACCGUAGCCACAGCUCGACCGUCUUCUUCCUGUCUGAUGUGGGCCGGAAGCAUUCCGGUGCCUCAAUUCGACGACUCUCGCUCUUUGUGACGGGCAUACAGAAUGCCCUCUCCUUAUCUCAACACUCCUCACGCGGCUUCCUCAUCGGACCUAGGGUCAGUUUUCGCGCCAAGUAUCGCCGGCAUCACCACCACCUCCACCGCCACCGAAGUCUACGAUCCCAACAUUCCCCCAAGCCCUCGGCGGCUUCGAGUGCCGGUCUCCUCCACAAACCCUCAACUACGUGUACACACCUACACGCAGUCCCACUCCACGGCCAGGACGCCGCCGGUGCCACUGCCUAGAACGUCGAGCCUUUUACCGCCGCCACAUCUGGUUGAGACCCCCAGAGCCUUGAUACCAUCGAAUGCCUCUACGCCUCGACCAUACUUCCCCACCCAGACCGGUUCCCCUGAGAAUCACGUCCCACACCGCUCUCUCUCGCAUUCGAGGUCGAGCAGCGCUGGGGGCAAUUUGAAUCGCUGGUCUGUUUCGACGUCGUCCAGCAAGGCAUCGACUGCCAAUAGUCGCAAGUCUCCCCGCUCUGGUCACCGCUCGAGUUUUGAUGCUGCCACCUGGCUCUCGCAUGCGACCGUUGCCAUUGGCGUCCAGGAGAACUCACCUCGCAAGCUACAGAAGAAUCGCCGCGGCUCCAGUUCGGGGGGGUCACCGGCGGCUCGGGCUGCUCCCCAUAGCCGACAAACAUCCCACUCGCCGACCCGACAGGCGCCACUCUCGAUUGGCUUACCCCCCAUCGUGACGCUCCCCUCUCUUCAACAGUCUCUGCAAGAAGACGCGCCCCUGCUACGCAGCGCUUGGAACAGAACUCCUUCUGCUCCUUCUGCCACGCCCAACCCCGAAAAUACGACCAAUUCGGCGGGUAAUGCCAGCGACCUGUACUAUCACCUCGCGCAACCCGAAGAGAGACGUCGAGAAAUACCCGACUCUAGUUUCCGCCCGAUCCGAUUAACGACGCGCUCGCCCAACAUGCCUCACAACCCCUUCGCGGAACGCCUGCCGGGCACGGGACAUCCAUACUACCAUACCCACACCCCUAAGGGGAGUGGAGAUGCGACAGCACCCGCCAAAACCAAGGAUAAGGUCAAGCCUCCGUCCCAGAAGGCAAUGCUGUCGAGAGCGCUUCAGCGCGCCAAGACCGCUGUACAGUUGGACAACGCCCAGAACUUCGAGGGGGCACGGGAGUCAUAUGCCGAGGCAUGCGAAUUGCUUGCGCAGGUCCUCGCCAGGACCUCCACAGACGAGGAUAAACAGAAGCUAGAAGCUAUCAGACAAACGUACACCAGUAGGAUUGAGGAGCUGGAUCAGAUGGAUUUGAUGUAUCCUCCAGACGACAAGGAGCUGCCCGCUCGGCCCGAGAGCUACGGGCUGCAGCCCGGCCCUCUCCUACGGAUAAAUGACGAGGACACGGAGGAGAUGGCUGUGGUUCAGACAGCGACCCUUACUCGGAUUGCACGGAGCGACGAUGUUGGCCAGCUUCCACAUAUUGGGGCACGGGACUGGGACCGGAGCUCAGGCUACCCCGGCACGGGUCUUACUCGAAUGGCUGGGACUGACGACUUGAAAUACGGACUGCCGAGACGAAGUCCCGGACAAUACCCUCUCCAAUCAUCCUUCUCCAGAUCGCCUGCACGGGAUCCAGUGUUUGAUGAUCACUUUAUCCUCCAGAGACCCGCGGGAGACACAAACGUGUCACCUCAAUCCCCUCGGUGGGCCCCUUCUCCGCGACAACCCAAUCAACACACGAACCCGGAGACGAUUUCGCAGACCGACUUCUUCGCUCCCGGGACGCAAAUCGAGCCCAUGUACGGACAUGAACGAGCAAUGAGCAUAGAAUCGAAUUCGUGGCUGGAUCCCAUAGACGAGUCUGGCGGCUCCACCACAUCCUCGGUUCAUUCACGAACAUCCUCACGGGGCUACCGGAGAAGGAAUAUCCGCCCGUCUAGCAACGCCACGGAAGCCGAGUUUGAUGCAGCGUUGGAUGCAGCGGUGGAGGCGGCAUAUGACGAUGGUUACGAGCCCAUCGUACCUUCGGAAGCGGGACAACAGGAACAACCGGGACCCAGCGUAUCCGACGAUGAUGUUGUGGCACGGGCGCUACGAAAAGUUGAGCUGGCCAAGGAGCGGGUGAGGCAGACAGAACGGGAGGCCGUGGAACUGGCGGAGGAGACGCAAAGACUACGCCAACGUCAACAACGGAAGGACUCGGAUACAGUGCUGCGGGAAGACUUUUACGAUGACGGCUCUUCCGAAGACGAGGAUGAGGAGUUUAUCCUCCAAGAAAUGAGCCGGACGCUGGGUGAUGAUGACGGGCUCACGCGUGCUCUUGGCGGGGAAUCGGUCAUCCCCGGGCAGUCAGACACGAGCCAGUUGACGGCGACCCCGUGGCACAGCUCUCAUGGAUUGAGUGCACCUCCCUCGGCACCCCCCGCCACUGCGGCAACCAUCGCAGAUCCACUUCCAACGCCAGGUCAGGCGCCACCACAACCACAACCACCGCCUCACGCACCAGCUCCUGGGCCCGAGGGGCCUUCUUCCGUGUCUAGCCAGACAGUACGAAGCCGUCGCCUGUCAGGGCUGAACCCGAAGCAGCUCAAGAUCGAGACAGGCAAGGCGGACAAGCUGGUUAAGUCAACCACGGCCGGCCUUGGUAUUGCGGGCCCGCUACUGGAAGUCCGGAACGAAGAUGAGGAUACCCUUGUUGGUAGUAAAAGACAUUCGGGAGAGAGCCAGAUCAGCCCAUCACAACAGUUCCCUCCGUCACCCACGUUGCCAGAGUCGGCUCCCCAAGCCGAGGAGGACGGCUUUUCGAACAGCCGGUCCAGUUCACCGGUGGCGUACCCGCCCGCUCUUCGGAAGAACUACUCGUCUUCCAGCCUGCGGAGCUUGAGAAGCCGGGCUUUGUCCCAGUCGAAUGCCGACGAUGCUUCCGACAUGUCACCCAGCACACCGCUGAGCACCAGCUUCGGUGCGUCUUCCAGUGGCAGGCUACCGAACGUACCCGUUGUUGCCACGCCACUCCAGGGCUCGUUCAAGGAGAAGGUCUACUCUGCUGGAGGCGCUCACUUAUUCGACGACGCGUUUCAUGCUCCCAACAGCCCGGGCUCUCUUAACAUUCUCCUUCAGGAUGCGCCCAUGCCGCUGGAGCCCUGUCCGACAGACUACCUGCUGCGGCCGUUCUGGCUCAUGCGCUGCUUGUACCAGACGCUCGUGCACCCCCGGGGAGGCUACCUCAGCAACAAGCUCUUCGUGCCGAGGGACGCGUGGAAGGUGAAGGGCGUGAAGCUACGCAACGUAGAAGACAAGAUGGCAACGUGCGAUUAUCUGACGGCCGCGCUCCAAAAGCUGGCCCAAGUCGACACGUGCGACGCCGACGCGGUGCUCGAGGAGAUGCAAGGGCUCGAAGGCGUGCUGGAGCAGGUGCAAGCCAACCUCAGCAGGAAACUCGGCAUGGACGUGGGGGUGCAGGGCUCGGGGACGUUGUUCAAGGACGCGUCCAGCUCGGCGGAGAUGGAGGCGGCCAUCAGCGUGCCGCGGUCCGCGAGCGUUUCCAACAAGUCGUCGUUCUCCUGGCGGCGGCUACGGUCCAAGAACUCGAAUGCGGGACUGGGCGCCGUCUACAACAAUAACAACAAUAACAACAAUAACAACAACAACAACAGCAGCAGCAACAGCAACAGCGGCGGCAGCGGCAGCGGCAGCGGCAGCAGCAGUAAGAAUGGCGGGGUGCCCGAGAGCGGUGGCAAGGAAUCACUUGGGCUUGAAACGCUGCCCAUGACACCGCAUCCUACGAGCCGUCCGCCAAAGAGGGAUGUGACCAGUGCGCAGUUUACGGGGCCCAAUGCUAACUACAUGGGGUCGCUCGCUCGGCUUUUUGAUGCGGCGCAGGCGAUAGAUCAAAUUGCGCGACAGGUGGAAGAUCCGGGGCUCCGCCACGCGGACAAGACACAAGUCGGUCUGGAGCUGUGCACCCGACACGCAGCGGAAUUUUUCGGCUUUUACAUCUGCCGAUUCGUCCUAGCGGACAUCAGCACCCUGCUUGACAAGUACGUCAAACGUGGGACAGAGUGGGUGGUGGGAUAAAAGUCUCGAGCUGGCCGAGACAGAACAUAUACAGCAUAUAUAUUGACAUCUCCAACCAUAUCACACCACAUACCAUAUACCACGUAUACGACUUGCUGUAUUUUAUUUUCUUUCAUGUAUAUAAGGUACUCAGGAGUGGCGUUGGAUUUACGAUACCUUCACAGCGAGCAUAGGGGAAGCGGGCUGGGAGAGAUGAUGGGCUGUGCCAUGCGAUCCGUUGCUUACUUACUACGUUACAACACGAUAUUGUCUUCACAUGAUAUUUUCCCAUAGUAUCGAAUGCUACGGUCU